AGGUGUUAAGCGGCAUUUUGGCAAAUUUUUAAAAAGUAGUGAAGUAUGUUUGCACGAAUAUGUAAUUUGGGACUUUAUAUACCCUUUGCAUUUUGUUACACUGCAUAAUUAUAUAAGAUCUAGAUCUCGGGGAAUGGUUCAACUUUACCAUUUCCAUCUUUAAUGCAAGAUACGUCUUCAACGAAUUCGACAGGAGCGUCUUCCUGUCCUGUAAACCAUUCUGCAUGGUCUUCAUUUAUUCCUCCUAACACUGAAAAAGGGCCAGCUUCACAGCACGUUACUAAUUUGCAGCAAUGUCCAGCAUCUUCGACAAAUAUGCAGCCUCCAGACCAAAAAAACCUACAAGAUACCACAAAUAGUGAAAGAGAAGGGUGUGGUAGUGACUCAUUGAUAAAUGAAUCAAAUAAUAUGCCUUUACAUCCAAAUCAAAAACCAACAAAGGGACAACGUAUUCCUCUUAGCACAACGCGCGAACUUUCAAACAUUCCGCGUGUGCUUAAAAAUAAAAAUAAUGCCGAGUCGGAGUCAGCUAACGAUGGUAAUGAAGAGAAAGUGUGGAUAUAUCCGUCGGAACAAAUGUUCUUUAAUGCAAUGAAACGUAAGAAUUGGAAUCCAAGGGAAGAAGAUAUGCGUGUUGUUAUACCAAUGCACAAUGCAGUUAAUGAAAAAGCAUGGAAAGAAAUCUUAGAAUGGGAAAAAUUACACGAGAACAAAUGUGGCGGACCAAAAUUGGUAAAAUUCCAAGGUAAAGUAAAUAAUAUCACGCCGAAAGCCCGAUUACUUAAUUUGUUAGGUUAUAAGCUUCCUUUUGAUAGACACGAUUGGGUUGUUGAUCGUUGCGGAAAACAAGUGACAUAUGUAAUUGAUUUUUACUCCGGACAGCCUGAUCCAAAAUUUCCUCAAGCGGUCAGCUUUUAUUUGGACGUUCGCCCAGCUUUGACUUUUGACGGAGCUUUACACAGAUUACGAAGAUGGACAAAUGAUUUAAAAAUGAAUUGGAUGAAUUAAUCUGCCAAUAUUAUUGAGGUUUGAUUAAAAUUAUUAAUUACAUACUUUUUUAGAUGACAAAGAAAUGCAAACUCUUUAAAUUAAUUUUUUUUAAGAAUUGAAUAAAUAAAAAUUGAAGUAAUUUAAUCUUUUCUAUUUAAGGUAAAACAAUAUAUUUUUUCAAAUGUUCUGGAAUUGCGUGAAGUAGUUCUUUACUUUCUAACCAUUUUCGACUGAAUAACCGCGUUUGAUAUCUAUAUGCACCAUCGCAAAGAAUUGUGACAAUCUUCUUUCCUAGUCCUAGUAUUUUCGCCA